ACAUCACGUGACGAAAUUGUUGUGAAGAAGGCCAGCUUAUCCAACUACAUCGACAGCGAGCAACGUCUACUAUAAGAAUGGCAAAUUUAGCCUUUGAUUCGCCUGUAACUUUAGUUAUAAAGACUCCAAACCAAAAAGUUGACGAUUUAAGAAUAGACUGUGCCUUGGAAUGGUCAGUGGAACAACUGAAAAGACACCUUUCGAGCGUUUAUCCAACCCAACCGGAAAGCCAACAUCAGAGGAUAAUUUAUUCGGGACAGCUGCUCAAUGACAAUUUAAUCCUUAAAGAUGUGUUUAGAGAGCAUGUAGAUGGGAAACAACACACUGUACAUCUUGUAUGUCCAAUGAAGACAGAAACACAGUCAACCACUGAUACUAAGGGAAAGAUUGAACCUAGUGCACCCACAACAAAUGCUAACACCUCUGCAGAAAUGUUGUCGACUGCACCAACUAUAUCACAGACAGCCAGCGAUGGGCUCAGAUACAGAGGAGCCAAUACACCAACUUAUCCACCAUUUAACAUGUUCCACCAGCAGAUGGCAAAUGCUGCUUACAACCUUCCAGCCCAAGGACAUGGCUAUGCAGUGCCACCUUUUGUUCCACCUCCUUACUGGAUGCAGCAGAUGUUUGCGCAGCAAAUGGCAGCUGGAAGGAUACCUCAGCCUAAUAUGUACAUGCUAGCCAAUUAUGGCUAUCCACAAAUGCCCUACCCCUGGUGCCCUCAAGCCGGCAAUUUCCCAGCACCACAAGUACCAGUGGUGAACCCACCAGCCCUUCAUGUACCACAGACUCCACCCCAGCAACCCGCAGCACAAGCACAGGCACCCCAACCACAACCACAAGGGAAUGGAAAUGUUCAAGCAAAUGCCAAUGCAGGACCUCUAUUUAAUGACGAGGAUGAUGAUGAAGAGAAUCCUAACCGUGAUUGGCUAGAUAAGAUUUAUACGCUGUGUCGUGUAGGAAUUCUGUUGAGCAUCUUUUGGUUUUAUUCUUCUACUACACGCUUUCUGGUGCUGAUAUUGACCUUUGUUCUCAUUUACCUGUACCAAUCAGGGAUAUUGGCAAUCUUCAGAAGAGGCAAUAAUCGCCAAGAAAUUCAUAUGCCAGCUCCAGUACCACCCCCACGGCCAGAGGAACAGGCAGAACCAAGACAGAAUGGAAAUGCCCCAGACAGUCCUCAGGGAGAUGUUACUGAUAAUACUCCGCAAAACACAGAAGAAAAUGAGCAAGGAAGUGCAGAUGAGACAACUACCACACCUGCUCAACCUACCCCUCCCCCAGGACCAUCAGCUGCAACUGUUGCCUUCAACUUUGUCACUUCUUUCUUGACAUCACUGUUCCCAAAUGCACCUGCUGUGCAGAAUUAGUGCUCUCAAGGCACUGGAAUCAAGAAAUAUUCUUUAAGUCUGCUUUUAAUCUUAGAAUAGACCAUUGUUAAAUGACUUUUUGUGAAAAAUUUCUGUGAAAGUGGAGAAGACAAUAUAAGUAUUUCUGUCACAUCCUGAUUGUCAAGACCAGAUUUGAAUGGCAGGGCAAUGCCGAUUAUACAAAUGUAAGAUGUAAAAAACGCUAAUAAGAGAGGUUUGAAAUAUUAGAGAUAUUUUUAUACAUGUCAGCAGAAGUGGCUACGCCUAAGUGUACCUGGAUUUAAAUGUCAUUGAGUUAAUUCUCCUGCAAAGUUAUGUAGGCCUUAAUGUACAGUUAAUUAAUCAUAAUCUUUAAAAAAAAUGUUACAUUUUCUCGCAGAUGAGUGUUGUAAUGAGGGGUAUCAAUAGAUGGUGGGGGUGGGGACAGGAGGUUUUCACGAGCCAGAGACAGGUAAAGUGGAAUAGACACUGGAAGACUUGAGGUGUAUAUGGUUGAAUUUGCGUUGCAUUGUUGUAAUUUCUCAUAAAAAUUUUUCUUUGCUUGUCAAUACACUUACGGUAGAUGGAACAAAUGGACUGGUCUUUUUCCAGAGCAGUUACAUAUCAUGGUCCAAAAAAGAUACAGGAAACAACAAAGUCUUACUAUUUGAUUAUUCGUAAGGCACUCUUGGUAUGGCACUUCCAAGGUUGGUACAAACUGUAGUUAGAAAAGUUUUAUUCUCGACUGCCAUAUGUAUUCUUUGAUUUACGCUCAGGGAAUUUGAUUUGAAUGAUGAAAUUUGUAUGUAGUUGAAAAUGCUCCAAAAAUGCAGAAGAAAAUUUUAUUUAAGAUUUGAAAAGGUAGCAUUUCCAGGUUGUGAUGCUUCUGUUCACUUACACUCCUGAAGCAUACUUCAGAAAGAGUGUCAAACGAACCGUAAGACCAUGCAAGAUUCCAAUUGCUGUUCGAUAAUAUUUCUUUGUAAUGUUUUAGGAAGAAUUUUGCAGUUUUAAAAACCUACCAUGUACAAAUGAAAAUAGUUGUAAUGAAAAUUAGUUUUCCCUUCGCUAUAAUGGGUGGUUGAGCAGGUUGAAGUCACGGUAGGUUUUUUAUUGAGGUCCAAAUACCUGAUAUCUAUACAUGUUUGUGGACAGUGUUGUACAAAAGGGAUGAGUAAUGUAAAUAGGGAGGGAAAGUAUAACUUAUCUUUGCAAAUUCUAUGUAAACAAGGAAAGGAGGAAUAAAGAUUUUGUCUCCAGCUUAA